CGCCCAACGAGGGGUUCCUAUAAGAUCUAAAGUAAUAUUUCUUUUUUUUUUCAGGGUCGAUGUAACAGAGAAAAGCCACCCUGCAAAUAUUUCCACCCCCCGCAGCACCUGAAGGACCAGUUGUUAAUAAACGGAAGGAAUCACUUAGCGCUCAAAAACGCUCUCAUGCAGCAGAUGGGCCUAUCACCUGGUCAAGCUUUGGUUCCUGGACAAGUCCAGGCAGUGGUGGAUACGCCAAUAGACUGCCUACCCUUGACCUACUUCCCACACUUGUCUAUGACAAUUGAAGAGCAGUACGCACUUAUGGCCGCCAAUCCCUAUCUCACAGGCAUGCCGCAAGUGGGCAGCACAUACAGCCCGUACUUCGCGACCGGGCCCAUGAUGCCGACGAUAAUGGGCCCCGAUCCGACGGGCGUCGGGUCGCCCUUGGGCGUCGUGCCGCAGACCGUCGUGCAGCAGAAGAUGCCGCGCUCCGACAGAUUAGAGGUGUGCCGCGAGUACCAGCGCGGCGCGUGCAAGCGAGCCGAGUCGGAGUGUCGCUUUGCGCAUCCCGCCGACUCAGUGACUGCCAACGAGGACGGCACUGUGACAGUCUGCAUGGACGCCGUCAAGGGCCGCUGCAACCGCGACCCCUGCCGCUAUUUCCACCCCCCUCUGCACCUCCAAGCCCAAAUCAAGGCCGCACAGUCGCGGGCUAGCGCGAUGGACAUGAAAUCUGUUGGAUCGUUCUACUACGAGAAUUUUGCCUUCCCAGCAGGCAUGGUGCCCUACAAGCGGCCGGCCGCCGACAAAUCCGGCGUGCCCGUCUACCAGCCCAACGCCACCACGUACCAACAGCUGAUGCAGCUGCAGCAGCCCUUCGUGCCCGUCUCAUGUGAGUAUUCCACCUCUCCUGCCCCCGCUCCCACCUCCUCUUGCGCUUCUCCCACAGUCCCCGAGACCCCCGCCGAGUCUCAGCAGGCGCUGGUCCAGCACCACGAAGACUCCACCAGCUCCGCUAGCCUCUCGGUCAUGCCUCAGCAACCCGCCCAAUCCCACAUUCCCGAUCCCGCAGCGCUCGCUAAAGAGGUCGCCCAGCAAAACUACGCCAAAGCCAUCAAGCUGGCCGCGGUCAAUCAGUCCAUAGCCGCUUCGCAACAGUACUCUGCGCUCAAUCCGCUGAACUACACCGGCGUCGCUUUGAACAAGCAGCAUUUGCAGGCCAUGCCUCCGCAAGCGGCCGCCUUCCAGCGCUACCCCGGGCUGCCUUUCCAAUUCAACGCCGUCAAUCUCGGGCUGGCCAAUCAGUAUCAGGCCAUCGCGCAACAGAACCUGUUGAAUAUGAGCCGACCGCCGCCGGUCCAGUUCAAUCCGUACUCGAUUUACAGGCAGCCUUACGGGCAGCACACGGUCGCUUCGGCUAUGUACGCUAACUCGACGCCGAUUUACGGCAAUAGCUUGCUGGGGGCGCAGUAUCCGGUUACGGUGUCUGCCGCGCCGAUGACUAGCACGACUGCGCAGGCGAGCAUAGCUGUCGCUGCGGCGCAGAACAACAACAAUAAUGUCGUUUUGCAGCCGUACAAGAAGUUGAAGACGAACUAG